GCUGGGAGGAGAGGGAAUGGGUCUCCUCCUCCUCCAGCUCCUGUUCCUGGGCUCGGUCCUCGGGCUGUAUCCCAGCCCCCGGCCUCGGGAACAGCCCCAGCUCCUGGAGGAAGGCAGGCAGCAGCUCCGCAAGGUCCAGGAGCUGACCCGGCUGCCGGGGUACGGCCGCUGCUGGAGCGAAGCCCUGGCCAAGGCGGAGAGGGGCUGCAGGGAACUGGACCAGGAGGAGCACAGCAAGAUCGCCCUGUAUUUUACUCACUGUCACCUGGAGAGGUCUGGCAAGAGCUUCCCCAGUUGUCCAGAGGGCAGCACUAUUCUCGCCUGUACCGAGGGCAUGGACUCGAUGGCGUUUGGGGCCUACACCGAGUUUUUCACUCACGCCCACAGCAUCUGUUACUAUCUGCAGAGUGAACAGUGGCAGCAACAGGCAGAGGACACCAUGGACAGACUGACCGCGACGUCGGGCAGUGUGGCACGCCGGCUGGAGGCCACCAAUCAGAUGGCCAGGGAGAUGAUGGAAGUCCAGAAUGCCACUCUGGCCGCCCAGGAGGAGAUCCUGCGCAGCGGCGACACGCUGAAGAUGACCCUCCAGCAGUCCACGCAAGGUGUGCAGCAGGUGUUUCGGGAGAUGCAGGACUCGACGCAGGAGCAGCAGCGGGUCUUUGCUGAGAUCUUCCGCCGGCUCUCGUACCUGCACCAGUUCGUCAUGAUCGAGUCUGCGACAUUCUCCUCGCUCACCUACAACCUCCUGGCAAUGCUGGUGGCAUUUCUGGUGACCGCUACCCAGCGCACAGCAUCAGCCAGGCUGGUCCUGUUUUUGCUGAUCUCCCUGAGCGUGUACCUGGAGAGGACUGUGUAUUCCUCUGGAAUGGAUCCAGCCAAGUCCAGCUAUGAGCACACGGAGCGUGUGUACUCGCGGAUCUGGCUGCUGCGGAGGCUGGUGGCCCUGGCGGGGCUGCUGGCGCUGGCGUACUCUGCCGCGACCUACCAGGACGUGGCCAGGCAGAGCCUCGAGCUCCUGCACAGCGUGAGGGACUCCCAGAGCCAGCUGCAGAGGAUGAUCGAGGAGGCGGUGCCGCUCCUGUCACCACCCCGCAGGCUAUGGCAGGGCGGGAGGCUGAUUGAAGUGGAACAGGAUUCAGGAAUUGGGGACCUAAAGACCCCAAACAAGGAGUGUCUCCCAUCAGGAGCGGCCCCAUCAUCUGAGGAACCCGCAGCGCCGCUGACCAGUACACCCAAGAAGGGGAGCCCCGGACCUCGGUCACCAUCCCGCUCGGCCGCGAGGAGGCGGAGCUCCAGGAGGUCAGAGGUCUCCGUCUACAACAUCCUCGUUCCGGAAUCGCCAUCGAAGUACAACCUGCGUCGGAGGAAACCCUCACGGGACAGUGCGUCUUGAGCGCGCAAACUCUGCACUCGAGACUGUGGGCAACUGAGCCUCAGAGACUCGUCGAGAGAGAGAGUGUGUGUGUGUCUGGGCUCCGCGUUGCCUUAAUGAAGGAGCAUUUCCAGGGCGUGACUCUCCCCCCAAC